GCUCCGUUCCGUUCCGCUGCGGCCGGAAAAACACCAGCCAACACGAGGGCCGCAUCGGCGAAGCCACUCGGCAGCGUCGCGCCGCCGUCUCCCGCCGGCUCGUCCAGCCUCCUCCCGUCUCCGAGCUCCGAGCCGUUCCGUGCCUCCGUGUCCUUCAACCUCGCGGGGUUUCCUACGGCCCGGGCGGCCCGUCCUUCCUCCGCCUGUGCGCUCCCCGCCGCCGCCUGGCCUCGCCUGUGAAGCGCCGUUGUCUGCCUCGUUCCCAUCGUCAACUGCCGUCGCGGUACUCUGAGCGGGUACCGUAGGAGCAAGUCGCCGAGGGUACAGAAAAGAGAGAGAAGAUGUCGUCCAAGAAGAAUUACUACAAGGAGAAGAUGAUGCGGCGGAAAGAGGAGAAAAAGGUAGAACCGGAGACACCCAGGUAUCGCGACCGUGCUAAGGAGCGCCGUGAAGAUCAAAACCCAGACUAUGAACCCACAGAGCUUGGUUCAUUUCAUGCUGUGGCACCCCCUGGAACAGAUUUGAGGCUGGCAGAUGCACACAAGAUUUCAAUUGAGAAAAGCAAAUAUCUUGGAGGUGAUUUGGAGCAUACACAUCUGGUCAAGGGCUUGGACUAUGCUCUACUUCACAAAGUGCGGAGUGAAAUUGAAAAGAAACCUGAUGCAGAGGAUGGGAAGGAUUCUAAAUCAAGGGCAACAAAAGAGGAUCAGGCAGUCUCUUUCCGCACUGCAACUGCAAAGUCUGUCUAUCAAUGGAUCAUAAAGCCUCAAAGCAUAAUAAAAGAGAAUGAAUUGUUUCUUCCUGGUCGGAUGUCAUUCAUUUACAAUAUGGAGGAGGGAAUAACUAAUGAUAUUCCAACAACUCUUCAUAGGAGCAAAGCUGAUUGCCCUGUACCAGAGGAGAUGGUAACUGUCAGCGUGGAUGGUUCUGUACUUGACAGGAUUGCUAAAAUUAUGACAUACCUUCGACUUGGAUCUUCAGGGAAGGUCUUAAAGAAAAAGAAAAAAGAGAGAGAUAUAAAAGGGAAGAACAAUUUGGCAAGCGGUGACUAUGACGAAGCAGUAAAACCUUCACAAACUAAUGGUUCUGCUCUGAAACAUCAAUCAGAUAUGCCACCACCAUCAGCUCCACCCCCUCGGAACAAUAAUUUCAAUGGAAAGGAGAAACAAUCGGCCCCUAUUGCUAGAGCAGACGAUGAUGACAUUUUUGUCGGAGAUGGAGUUGAUUAUUCAGUUCCUAACAAGGAAAUGAGCCAAAGCCCUGGUUCUGAGGAUAUGGAGGAAUCACCACAUAACCAUCAGAAGCAGUCCUAUUUCACUGAACCCAUGUAUGGCCCAGUACCACCAUCUGAAUCUGCUCAGGCUUGGCAACAGCCGAAUGAGUAUGAUGCUGCUCAAGCCCAGAUGAUAGCUGCUGGAUAUCAAGGCGAUUGGUCAGGCUAUGUGUAUGCAGAACAGCCAUUGGGUUAUCAAGAACAGUAUGCGCAACAAAGCACUCAGGAAUAUGAUGUACUGGCUGACCCUAGUAUAUCCCAGGAUCCAAGGUUCAUGACUCAAGCAGACAAGGAUCGGGGUCUAGGUUCUGUUUUUAAACGUGAUGAUCAAAGGCUUAAUCAGCUGAGGGAAAAAGAUGCACGGGAGAGAGAUCCAAAUUUUAUUUCGGAUAGUUACUCAGAGUGUUAUCCUGGUUACCAGGAGUAUAAUAAUGAGAUCGCAGGGAGUGAUGAUGAAGAUGAUUUAUCCAAGAUGGAUAUGGGUGGACGGGCUAAGGGCCGUCUUCACAGGUGGGAUUUUGAGACGGAAGAGGAGUGGGCGAAGUACAACGACCAGAAGGAAGCUAUGCCAAAGGCCGCCUUCCAGUUUGGGGUGAAGAUGCAGGACGGCAGGAAGACGAGGAAGCAGAACAAGGACCAGAAGCUCACAAAUGACCUCCACAAGAUAAACAAGAUCCUGGCUCGAAAGAAGGGUGAGAAAGAUGGGGGCGAUGAUGGCGGUCAUUACGAUGAUGAUUUGCCUAGCGCAAAGAAACAACGUGGCUGAAGUUAGUCGAUCAUUUUUUUGUUUCUCCUAGCAAUGGUGUAACUUAUAAUGUACUAGUUACAGCACCAUGUUUAGCUGGCAGCUGUGUUCAAGGUGCCACUGCCAGCGUGAAAUGUGUUGACCUCUUGAGCUGAAAAUAUGGAAGAAAUAUGUCUGUAUAUGUAACCUUUUCUUGAUUAGAAAAAGGCAAAGCCCUUUUUGCAAUGAAUCAGUUAUGUGCACUGUCCGAAGGUGUCGUGUUGCAGGCAUUUAUAAUCCGGUGAAGUUGUGAA